AUGGACGCUGCCACCGCCACCAACGCUCGCAUCAACAAGUUUGAUGGUACGAACUUCCACACUUGGAAGUUCAAAAUGCAGAUGGUGCUGGAGGAGCGGGACCUUUGGGAAGUGACAAGCGGGGGGAUCAAGCUGAAACACCUUGCCACUACGCUGGAGCAGUCAACGUUCUAG